CGACUCGAUAUCCGAAUUUUUCAUCAGUCAUCAGUAUCGUUUUUCCAUACUGACAGUACAUCAGUACUCACAUUACACGAUCAAUAAUACUGUCAGUAUCAAAAAUACUGUCAGUAAAAUUGAUCGUGUGAGGGCCGCUUUAGAUAGUUGGAUCAUGUACAUAUAUACAUAUGAUCUAAGAAGACACCUGAGUUGGUAAAUUGUACAGUGUGUCUUUGUAUUGUGUAAGAAUUCUUAUAAUAUGUACUUGAAAAAUGAACGUUGUCGACAGUGGUGAUAAAAAUAAAUGAUAACAGAAUACUGAGCAUUAAAAAUGUGUGUUAUUCUUUUGAAAUAACUAAGUUUAACAAUUACUGACAACUAUUGAACUUCAAAAUUUUUGACGUAUAAAUAGCUAAUAAUGUUGUCGUUAAACCAAGACGAUGUGAAAAGUCUUUUCAAUAAAGAAUUCGAUUUCGUCAGCGCCAUCCUAAAUCAAGUGAAACUGCCGGAGCGCGUAGAAGACUCAGAUUCAGAAGUAAGCGAUACUAAUGAAAAAGUCAGAAAGCCAAUACUUGCAAGUGAUGAAAUAAACAGAGCCCAAAGCUUAGACGAACUACACACAAGACUGGCUGCAAUAAGAGAGAAAAAAUAUACUUACCGAGGAAAAAUAAUCAAAAAUAAACUUCAAAAUAAGAUUAAGAGAAAAAAAAAGGUACACGAAAAAAUAAAGGGUGAAAAAAAACCAAAUGACAGUGUUGAAAAAACAAAUGAAAAGCCUCCUAAAGUAAAUGGUACUAAUAGCAAGCCUAAAUUAGUAUUCAAUCGUAUAAAUUUCUUAGGAGAACAAACUGAAAUAGCUCCAGCUCCAACUAGUACAAAUGCAAAGGUGGCUUUAGAUGAAAUUAAAACAAAGCAACAAUUGUAUAAUGAACUUGAAAAGUCAGGUGAAACUGAAAAGGCCAAAAAGUUAAAGGAACGCGAUKCUUGGAAUAACGUCUUGGCUAAAGCUGAAGGAGUAAAAGUUAAAGAUAAUGUGGAGUUAUUAAAAAAGACUAUAGCCAGAAAAGAAAGACAGAAAAAGGUUAGUAAAACAAAAUGGGAAGAAAGAAAAAUUACCCUAGAAAAGACCAAGAAAGAAAAGCAAGAAAAACGUACAAAUAAUUUAUUGAAAAAGAAACAAGAAAAAAAGGAAAAAAUAAAAAAGAAAGCAAUAAAAAAAGGCAGAUUUGUGCCAGGUAUAAAUUAG